AUGGCGAGCCCAAAUCCCCUCAACGUGUACAAAGGACCCGACUCUGUCAAGCAGUAUUUCGACCCGGAAUCGUCGCCCCCACUCCCUCUCGUCGAGAUCCCCGACUGCCUGAACCCCUUCCGUGAAGAUGGAGUCCGCAUCUACGCCAAGAUGAUGACGAUGCAUCCCGCAAACAACGUGAAAGCCAUGCCAGCUCUCAACCUCUUGCAAAAAUGCGUGGUACCUGGACAGACAAAGACAGUGGUUGAAUACAGCUCUGGCUCAACUGUGCUGUCCAUGUCAUUGAUAUCUCGUGCAAUUCACGAUAUCGAUGACGUGAGGGCGUUUCUGAGCAACAAGACAAGCGCAGCAAAGUUACGACUCAUGCAGUUUUUCGGUAUUGACAUAACGCUCUUUGGUGGUCCUUCUCAGCCAGAGCCUAUUGAUGAGCGUGGUGGUAUCAGGGCAGCACAGAGAUUGGCUCAUGAGUCAGACUCUGUCAUAAACCCCAACCAGUACGAGAACGACUUGAACUGGAAUGCUCACAUAAGAUGGACUGGGCCUCAAAUUUUCAGGCAGCUCCCAGAAAUCAACGUGAUCUGCGCUGGGAUGGGCACAUCAGGAACUAUGACAGGACUAGGCACUUAUUUCAAAGAGGCCAAGCCUUCUGUCUAUCGAUUAGGAGUAUGCACUGCGCCAGGUGACAGAGUCCCCGGCCCACGAUCAUUCGCCCUCAUGGCACCUGUCGAGUUCCCCUGGAAACAGGCCAUCGACCACAUCGAAGAAGUUGAUUCUCACAACUCCUUUUCCUUGUCGCUCGACCUCUGCCGACAGGGCAUUGUGUCUGGUCCUUCGUCUGGGUUCAACCUCAGAGGCCUUUACCAGUUUCUCGAGAAACGAAAGGCCGAGGGCACACUUUCCGAGCUGGCUGGACCAGAUGGCACCGUUCACUGCGUGUUCUUGUGCUGCGACCUGCCGUAUCAGUAUAUCAAUGAGUACUUUGAUAAGCUUGGCGACAGCUACUUUCCAACCAUCAAGAAUGAGGAUCUCCUCAAGGCCGACCUCUAUCGAUACGACGAAAAGUGGGAAAGGCCAGCUUCAGAGGCGCUCGAUGCUUUCUUUGAUAUUGACCGAGGGGCACUCCUCGACAUGGUUCUCUCCGAUCCCAAGAGCGGAUCGAUGGGCGCCUUUGAACUUCAGAACAUGUUGCGCUCUCGACAAGACGCUGUGGUCAUCGACCUCCGACAACCAGACGACUUUGGAGCCUUCCAUCUCCCAGGCUCCGUCAACAUGCCUUUCACCCAGCAGUCUUCUCCAAGUCCGUUCUCAGACGCAAAGAUCCUCGAAUCUCUGUGGCAAAGACUUGAAGCCACGUUCAAGGCCCCAAGCCAAGAGCUCAAGACUCUCCUCCAGGACAAGCGAAUACUUCUUACAUGUUACGACGGAGACAGCGCUCGCGUCGCGACCAGCGUCCUGCGGGCCAAGGAUUAUGAGGCUGACAGCAUAAGAGGGGGUUUCACAGCGUUGAGCAAGAUGCGGCAGAGUUCGAGUCAGGUUACUCUGGAUGGAAGUCGUGAGACCUCGCCGUGGAUGGAGCUGAGUCAAGAGACUUAUGGGAUCCAGUCUGCUCCAGUUUCGCUUUGA